GGCAGCCGGCAUGGUGGUGGGCGUAGGUGGGCCCGCGGGCGUGGGGAGUUGCUCUUCGGGCUCCGGGCGCAGCAAGCGGCGCCGCCAGUCUCCGGUGGUCGGGGCAGUCGGCGGGGCCAGUCCGCAGCAUGAGGAGGUCGGUGCGGGUUACAACAGUGAGGAUGAGUACGAGGCGGCGGCAGCACGCAUGGAGGCCAUGGACCCCGCCACCGUGGAGCAGCAGGAGCAUUGGUUUGAAAAGGCCCUGAGGGACAAGAAGGGCUUCAUCAUCAAGCAAAUGAAGGAGGACGGCGCCUGUCUUUUCCGGGCUGUAGCUGACCAGGUGUAUGGAGACCAGGACAUGCAAGAGGUUGUACGAAAACACUGCAUGGACUAUCUGAUGAAGAAUGCUGACUACUUCUCCAACUACAUCACAGAGGACUUCUCUACCUACAUCAACCGGAAGCGGAAAAACAACUGCCAUGGCAACCACAUUGAGAUGCAAGCCAUGGCAGAGAUAUACAACCGGCCUGUGGAAGUUUACCAGUACAGUACAGAACCCAUCAACACAUUCCAUGGGGUCCAUCAAAAUGAGGAUGAGCCCAUUCGGGUUAGUUACCAUCGGAAUAUUCACUAUAAUUCAGUGGUGAAUCCCAACAAGGCUACCAUUGGUGUGGGACUGGGCCUGCCAUCCUUCAAACCAGGGUUUGCCGAACAGUCCCUAAUGAAGAAUGCCAUAAAGACAUCAGAGGAGUCUUGGAUUGAGCAGCAGAUGCUGGAAGACAAGAAGAGGGCUACAGACUGGGAAGCAACAAACGAAGCCAUCGAGGAGCAGGUGGCACGGGAAUCUUACUUGCAGUGGCUUCGGGAUCAAGAGAAACAGGCCCAUCAGGUCCGUGGCCCUAGCAAGCCACGAAAAGCCAGCGCCACAUGCAGUUCUGCCACAGCAGCAGCUUCCAGUGGCCUGGAGGAGUGGACCAGCCGGUCUCCACGGCAGCGGAGCUCAGCCUCAUCACCAGAGCAACCAGAACUGCCCUCUGAGCUGGGUAUCAAGCCCCCUUCUCCAGGCACUGUUUUAGCUCUUGCCAAACCUCCUUCACCCUGUGCACCAGGUACAAGCAGCCAGUUCUCAGCAGGGGUUGACCGGUCCUCUUCCCCCCUUGUCUCCCCCUAUCCUGCUCUGGAAUGCCGGGCUCUCAUUCAGCAGAUGUCUCCUUCAGCCUUUGGUCUGAACGACUGGGAUGAUGAUGAGAUCGUAGCAUCAGUGUUGGCAGUGUCCCAACAGGAAUACCUAGACAGUAUGAAGAAAAAAUAAAUGCACAGAGAGCCUCCUCCAGACAAGAGUUGAUGGUGACCAGACACUGGAGACCCAUCUCCCAAACCCCGCCUCUCUUCCCUCUGGUGCCACCCUCCCUUUCUUUGGCUUUCUUCCUUCUGCCCUCCCUUCUCUUACUCCUCCCUACUUCCUUCUGGCUGACUCACCUUCAUGCCCCCCCAUCACUGCCACCACCAUCAUGUGUCUGCACCAGCUGACAUGCCCUCUUGCCCUCUGCACAGUACCAUCCCUGAUUCCACAGGGGACCUGGGCAAGGGUGCCGAAGGUAGGCAAGAGGCACACAGAGACAAACCAGCUGGCAGCCAAGCAGCCCUAGGAGAGAGUAAAGACUCCCCUUUCUUCCAAAUUCAAAAAAAGUUUGUUAUCCCAAACACAGUUUGAUGCCAGAGAGGUGGAAGGAAGCAGGUGGGAAAUUUGUCUUCCUAGUAUCCCGAGAAUGUUUGAACCUUCAUUUUUUUUUAAUUU